AUGGCGACACCGACUCGGAAGUCAGCUACCCCUGGCGUCGGCCGCGCUUCGGUAACAGAUUCGACCUCUCCCCAAAGCACUCCUUCGCGACAGACUCCCCGCUCUUCCACUCCGACGUCAAACACACCUGGCUCUGUCAACAGGACACGGUCAGUUCGCACCUCUGCUCCUGUAUCUGCACGUGCUGCCGCUGCCGGCAGGCGUGAGUCGCUCCUAGGCAACGCCUCGACCGAGGCCCAGCUCCAAGCUCGCGAAGAAGCUGCCGCUGCCCUGGAAGACUUGAGGGAACGACUGGCCACUGCCGAGGGCAACGCCGAAACGUAUAGGAAACAACUAGAGGUCUUGCAGGCUCGACACGAUGAUACUGUUCAGGAACAAGCGAAACUCGAAGAGCGCCUGCAUGAGGCCGAGGAACAGAUCGAGUCCUUGACCAACGAGAAGCGUGAGGCCGCCAGGAAAAUACGUGAAAUGGAAACCAUUUACGAAGCGGAACGCAGUUCUAUGAUGAAGGAGAAGGAGGAGAUGGCGAACCGGGAAGAGGAAAUGCAAACCGUCAUUCAAAGGCUAAAGGAGAGCCUUGCUGCGCAAAAGUACAACCCCGUGGACGAGGACGAUGUGCGUCCGUCUCGACAAGCUCUCCCUCCGUCGAGAGCGGAGUUUCGCGCCCCCUCAUCCUCACUGCACCGGAGCGACUCUCGAAACAACUCGAAACUCCUUUUGCAAAAGGACAAGCUCAUCGAGUCUCUUCGGCUCGAACUCGCCGAGGCCCAGAUCAAGCUGGUCGAAUCCGAGAACCAAGGCGGUGGCCGACUGCAAGAGGUGGAGAGGCUUCUUAUGGAAGCCCGGAUGGCGAACGCUCGCUUAAUGGAAGAUAACGAGAGCUACCAGCUCCUCCUCCAGGAGAGGACUUUGAACGGCGAAUUUAAGAAUAGCCUCGCCUUCAUGGGUGGCGCUUCAGCCAACCAAGACGCCCUGAACGCCCUCGAAGGGCGGGAGAGCGGAACAACCCUUGCUGAUGAACUCUCCAGCGCGGUUGAAAACGAGAGCGACGGCCAUCGCCGUCUGGAAGCCGAGUUGAAGUCGCUGAGGGAGGAGAACAAGGCCUUGAUCCUUUACAUUGACAAGACAUUGGGCAAGGUCCUUGGUCACCCCGAGUUCGAAGCCAUUCUUGACCAGUCUACGGCCAAAGAGAAAGACUUGCCACCACCUCCUCCCGAGAAGGACCAGCAAUGGGCGGGCUCGUCCAUCUUCCAACGAGCUAAAUUUACGGUGGGGGCCGGGCCAAAGGGGCCACGAGCGCGCCCCAUGUCAGUGAUGCCUAUGUCCACUACUAGCACUCCGAACUCGAUCCACAACAACCCCGAAACGGCACCCAAGAUCCCCAUCGGCAACCUAACCCGAUCCACCAGCGUUCGCCGUUCUAGGCCAAUGAGCGAGCAGUUUACGGGUGCUGGGGUUAGCAUGCUUGGCCAGAGGUAUCGGGGCGCCGAUGGUCCGGCCUCGCCCACGUUUAGCGAGCCCCGCCGAUCGCAAACCUUCUUCUCCCCGUCAGGUCUCUCUACCGCCGGUGCUCGAUCCCCGAGCGGCCAGCACGCGGCAUCGUCGGGUAACUUCCCCGGUAUGAGAAGCGAGACGUCUAGCGUGAGCGGCGACUCUGGAGACAUCACCACACCUCCCUCGCAGUCCCCGCCCCGCCAUGGAGCGGGUGACAAGGCCACCACGUUUGGAGGGAACAAGCCACGGCCGCUACGUCUUCUUCAAGAACAGGAGUCGGCCAAGUCUGAUACAGCAAACAAGAGAGCCAGCUGGAUGGGGUGGGCCGCAGGUUGGGGCAAGAAGGAGGAGGCCGCCGCCGCCGGUGCUAUUGCCGAAUAA